AUUGCGCCAAGAGACGAAUUCGCGGUAAUGGGGCUUUAAAACUUUGUCAAUUUAGAGAUGUAUUGAUCCACUCUCUUCAACUAUGAUUUCUUCUGAAUUCAAGAAACAACCCACUGCUCCAAACAACCAGGAGAUUACAAAACUUGUCCGACGUUAUUUCAAAGCUCCUGAAGCUGUUUCAUAUCAACCACAUAAAACAUGGACCAAGACAAAGAAUUUCAUGAUAAAUGAGAGACCAGAUGAUCUCUGGGAAAAACAUUACCUCCGAAGAAUCGAGAAUGACAGCAGGGGCUACCAAAGUGUCAUCGGGGAAAAGUACAAAGCCCUGGGGGAUAAAGUGGUCCUGGACACUUGUGACCUUGUACUAAACACAAUGUCAAAAUGUUUGGAUCCCAUGAUAAGAAAACAGCCAUUAUUCAUACAUGGUGAAGAUGGAAAACAUGAGAGGAAGCAUGCAGUUACAUUACCUCCAAUAGGCCACAAGCCUCUCCCCAAGGCAUCUGCUGUAAAAGAGAGUUCCUCCAUUGACACGGCAGCCAUAGAACUUCCCGAGGUUCACAGCUUCCAAGAGAUAAAGCAAUAUUUAAAUGAAAGCAAAAACAUGAUCCGCAAAGUGCAUGCCGGGUAUCCAUAUGAAGAAUAUGUCAGAAAGCGUUUGGAAACCAAUCGCAACAAACAAGAACAGAGCAGCACCAAAGAAAGUGAUAUGGUUUUGAUGUCACUUACCAAUUUACAACUGGGUCUCCCAGAUUUUCAAAUUCAAGAUGAGGAAAUAGAGCAGGUCAAAGAUAGUCAUGUGAUCAAAAAAAGAGAUCAUGUGACUUCGGGGAGAGGAAGGAAAAAGUCCAUCAUGAUUGACCCCAACACGAACAGGAGAAUAUCAGUAGAUCCUUUAACCCAGAGCUUAAUGAAAGAAGAAUUGGCAGCUCGUAGAAUGACCUUGAAGUCUCCUGUUAAUCUAGGUGGCCUAACCCUCGGCAGUAUCGGGGAGAAUCCGUCUUUUAUACAGGAAGAGUCGUAUAAUCAGCUGCUCCGUAUUCCUAGUGGAGUAUCGUUAAAGAAGGAAAGAUUACGAAGAGACCAUUUACAAUAUUUACAAGCUCUCUCCAUGGUAAUAACUUCAAUUAGUCACAUGAAGACCAGAGAAAUUAAAUCCAAGACUCCAUUGAAACUUGAAGUUGUGAAAGCCUUAAGGAAAGAACCAGUCAUUGAACCCAGAAACCCAUUCACUAGGAGAGAAAGCAGGGCAACUACUGGUACUCAUCUUUUUCGGCUCCAGUCUCGAUCUCAACAUCCACCUCUUCAUAGAGAGGCUUCAGGAGGGAGAGGCAUGCUAGAACAGGUGGCAGGGAUCACAGGUCUUACCUCUAAACUCAAAAAGAAGACAAUGUGGGGUGGGUUGACUAAGAUUCAGCAGCCUCAGCAGCAGGGCCCUGUAGUGGAGACCUGGGAGGAUCUUAUGAACCUGGAGGAAAAGAAAACUGUAGACAUGACUCUGCAGUCUAGGAUCCUGAUGAAAGCUCUGCUGUGGAGCAGGAGGAGGGCAAUAACCCCCCAGGUGGAAUCUACACAUACCAUUAAUGAACAGUCAGAACCCUCCCAACCAGAGACAACUGCUGGCCCCACCCACGUACAGAGCAAGAUACGCAAGGACUUACUAGCAGCUGAUCACCACCGAAACACGGGCCCAGUCCACACCAAGAAACUGCCUAUCUGGCAACUGGUGGCCAUGGACAAAAUUCCUAAAAGUUUACAGGAGAAAAAGAAAAAGGAGACAUUAGAACCGGAUAACAUAGUUUCUAAUAACAAGAAGUCUUUUCUCAAAGUCAAACAUGAUCUACACAAAGAUUUAGAGGAAGAAUUACAAAAAAUAGACAGAGAGAUGCUGGCUGUCUUCAAGAUGAAGUAUGGAGAAUUUGAGGACAUGAGCCCCCUUUUUGAGGUCCACAAAAGCAGGUUAAAUGGCUGUGUGACAGGGGGAACAACUCACAGGAAUAUUGCUAUAACAGAUGUCCCACCAUUAAGAUGGUUUGAAGAUCUCCAGGAGAAAACUUAUUCUAUCCUGGGACAUCAGGAUGAGGAGAUCAAUAAAACACUCAAGGAAAUAGGGCGAUACUCCACCAUCGACAGUAAAAGUAUUCCAUCAGCCAAGGCAAAGUUGUGUUUGCUGUUGAUGUCACUACCUGCAAAUGAGUUAUUUACAAUCCCAGUACAGAGAGGACUGAAGUUUGUGCUGGAGGUGAUAUUCCAAGCUGAGGAUCAUCUACUGGGGGAGUGGCUUCAACACAGAAAAGUCCCCUACUUCAUCAAGGAGACUACAAGUCAUUGAAUUAUCAGGAUUCAUUAUCAGAGCAAAGAUGUUUUUAUAAAGAUAAAAACUGAAGUAUAUCACUUAGAACAUGUUUCUGUAACUUGAUUUCAUUCACUAUAGUAGAGGACUUCAAAAAUACAAAGUGGUGUGCUGUGAACUACAUGUAAAUGUAUCUAAAUAUUUACAUUAUCAAUUAUAUUUAUAAAUCAUUUUGUAUUACAAUUCAUAAUUUUAAUAUUAAAUUUAUAAACAAUAA